GGGAGGGCGCCGGCGGGGGGAGCGGGCUGCGGCGGAGGUGGGCGCGCGCCUGGGGCUGAGGCCCGGACCCUGUAGCGCGGGGCGGGCGGUGGGCGGUGGGUGCGAGUGGACGCGGGGCGGGCUCCUCACCGCGCGGACUUGGAUUGCGCCCCGACGAGCAGUGGACGCACGGGUGGCGGUGCAGCGAUUCGUCGUGCGUGGUCCUGCGGGGAAGAGCUGCUCGCUAGGUUUGCUUCCGCCUGACCUUCCCAUAAGGAUCGGUCGCCAAUUCUCCUUAGAAAAUGGGCCCGACAGGUCGCCUCGUGACCAUCAAGAGGAGCGGGCUGGACGGCCCCCACUUCCCACUGAGCCUGAGCACCUGCUUGUUCGGGAGGGGCAUUGAGUGUGACAUUCGUAUCCAGCUUCCUGUCGUGUCCAAACAGCACUGCAAGAUUGAAGUCAGUGACCAGAAGGCAGUCUUGUUUAAUUUUAGCGCCACAAACCCAACACAGGUGAAUGGAUCUGCUAUCGACGGGCCCGUGCAACUCCGGCACGGGGACGUGAUCACGGUCAUUGACCGCUCCUUCAGGUAUGAAAGUGACAGUCAUCAGAACGGAAGCAAGUCACCUGAAUUUCCAGGACAAAGACGUGAACAGGCAUCUCCGAUUCGGGUCUCAAGGUCUAGCUUCUCUUCCAACCCCGAUGGGAAAGUUCAAGAUCCCAGUGCUGCCCGCUCACAAGUCACUGAAGAGGGUGGUUCAGGAGGGCCCCCGGAGCGCAGGGAGCAUGUCGGGGCGACCCGCACCCCCUCACGCGGCUCAGAAGGUCCCACUACCAAAGGCACAGCAGAUGUUGGUUCCUCAGAGCCCCCUGGAGAUAACCACGGAAACACAGCCGGGCCCCCUGCUGGGGGAUUCGGAGCAGGUUCCCGUGUGACCCCCCGGAGCUGGAAUGGGGGACAGGGUCUGGAGAAGGACGGAGCGAAUGAGUCUCCCUUUCAGAAGCUCUAUGAGUCUAUGAAGGAAGAGUUAGAUGUGAAAUCGGAGACUGUUCUACAGAAUCGUAGGAAAUCGGGAGCACGGGGUCCUCGUGCAUCAGAAGCUGAAAGCGCUGGCGGUUCACAGAGCGCGACUCAACCACGGGUCUCGCCCAAGUCCAGGCGGAGAUCUGGUCGGAGCAGCCAGACGGAGGCAGAGAGAGCGGGUGAGGGGCCGGGUCAGACUCUCGAGCUCACGGCGAGUCCCAGCAUCCCCCCCACAGAGAUGACCAAAGCCAAGACCCCAGUCCAAUGUCCACAGCCCAAUUCCUCCCGGAGACGCCGGAGCGGAGACCUGAGUGUCACCCCUGGGGGUGAACCUGUGGGUCUGCAGCAAAGCGAAGACCUCGGGGCCGGCAGUGCGGCGUCUGCUCCCCGGAGGCUCUCCGCCAGACAGCAAACGCCCGCCAAAGGAGAAGGCGCUGGCGACCUUGGGAACACAGCAGAAAAAGUCUUUUCCAGAAAAAGGAGAAGGAGCCUGUCUCCCGGUGCCGGCAUUCUCACCACAGGAACAGACAUUCCAAAGCAGACCCUGCUCUCCCCGCUGCUGGUCUCCGCGGAGCGGAAGGUUCCAGGCAGGGCCCUGGGCACGCCCAGGCAGCAGGGCACCCCCGGGUCACCGGGCCUCGGUGCGCUGGAUGUCAGCAACGUUGGCGAUUCCCUUAAUAAGACUGAGGGGAAGCCCUUCAAAAGAAGGCGGGUCUCCUUCGGGGGUCAUCUGAGACCUGAAUUAUUUGAUGAAAACUUACCUCCUAAUACACCUCUCAAAAGAGGAGAAACGCCGAUGACAAGACGCUCUCUGGUCACCCACACUCCGCCCGUCCUGAAGAAAAUCAUCAAGGAACAGCCUCCGCCAUCAGAAAAGGGAGGAUCUUCAGAAAUCCGUUUGGAAGUGACCGCGCAAAACAUGUUUACGAGCUCCCCGGUGCACAGUCCUCCGAAAACGUCUCCACUUGCAAAUGAUGGUCGCCGGCGGUCCCUUAAGUCGCCUGCCUCGAGUGGCAGCAAAUCUCCACAUCAAACAGAUGCUCCUCAGAGGGGAGGGAGGCGGAGCAGCAGCGGGCCUGCCAGGAGGGCCUCCGUGGACCGCAGCCAACAUGGCAUCCUGCAGACGAUUCAAUCCCGGCGGCGGAGCGGAGCCUCGGAAGCCAAUUUGAUGGUGGCGAGAUCGUGGGCAGACGUAGUGAAACUUUGUGCCAAACAAACGCAAACUAAAGUCGUCAUGAGACAUGGUCCUCCAAGACCGCCGAGCAAAAGGCAGAGAAGAAUGAACACCCCAAAGAAGCCUCUGGGCAGUGUUCACAACGAGUUCAGUACAGGCCACGCCGCCUCUCCCUGCACCAUCGUGAUAGGGAAAGCUCACAUCGAAAAGGUCACCGUGCCAGCUCGGCCCUACAGAAUGCUGAACAACUUCGUGAUCAACAAAAAAAUCGACUUCAAUGAAGACCUUUCAGGGUUAACUGAAAUGUUCAAGACCCCAGCAAAAGAGAAGCCACAAACAAUGAACAUAGGUCCCACCACUUUUUCAAGUUCAGAGGACUUGCUUGGGAAAAAGUUUCAAGCACUUAAUUCAGAAGAAAAAGCUCUGCUCUGCACCCCAGAAAAGUUUGGAGAAAAUGUGUACCUCAGGGCUCAGAAUGCACCAGAAGAGCCAUGGGAUAAACAGUCUUCAAGCCCAGCCUUAACACAACAGUAUGUUACAGUAAAUGGAAAUAUGAAAACCCCUCGAUCUGAGAAAGAGCCUCCGAAGGCGGCAUCCAGUACAAACAAAUCCAGGAGGUCCGUGGAGCUCAGAAAUAUACAGUUGACAAGUGCGGAAUGUGAAAAGGAUGACAAAGAAGUCGACACUGUUCAGAACAUCUUGGGAAGAUGUCUGAGAAAAUCAUCAGUACAAGCACAACUACCAGAGGGAGAGAUGAAGGAAAGGGAAAGAUCCUUUGAAACAUGUAAGAAAAAUAUUGAACCUAAAGAAAAUUCUGAAAAACUGAUCACUGUGAGGAGAUCAAGAAGAUCAUCAGAGCUGAAAUGUACACCAAGAGCAGGCCUGACCCCCAUCCAGAGAUUGCAAGAGACAGAAUCCAAGGAAGACCUGGCGGGCAUCCACCGUUUCCUCCAAAACCCCAGUCAUGCUGAGGAACCAGUGGGUACAGAAGCCAGAACCAUACUGAUGCACUGCCAAUCUCCACCACCAGUCGGCACACCCACCAAGGUGAACACACGUAUCAAGACUCCUCCCCAGAGAGUGAACGCAGAUCUCUCAGACCUCAGGAAGCCCACACAAACCUCAGGGGACACGACCGAUACGCAAAAGGAACCAGUAGGUGGUGACAAAAGCAUGAAAGAAUUUAAGGAAGCUCCAGAACAGAAACUGGAUUCAUCAGAAAAUGUAGCCAGAAGCAGGAGGAGGUCAAGAACACCCAAGAGGAAGGUUCAACCCAUGGAAGACCUGGCGGGCUUCAAAGAGCUCUUCCAAACACCAAUUCACAUCGCAGAAACAGUGACUGAUGACAAAACCACCAAAACACCCUACAGAUCUCCAAAACCAGAACCAGUCAGCACACCAACCAGCACAAAGAGACGUUUCAGGACACCUCUGGGGAAAGUGGACGUGGAGGAAGAGCUCUCAUCACUCAGGAAGCCAACACCAGGGGAAACCACACACUCGCACAGAGAGCCAGAAGGUGAUGAUAAAGGUAUCAAAGCAUUUAAAGAAACUCCAAAGCAGAAACUGGACUCUGCAGAAAAUAUAAUUGGGAGCAGAAGGUCAAGAACACCCAAGAGGAAGGUUCAACCCAUAGAAGACUUGGUUGGCUUCAAAGAGCUCUUCCAAACACCAGAUCAUAUGAUGGAAUCAUUGACUGAUGACAAAACCACCAAAAUACCCUGCAGAUCUCCAAAAUCAGAACCAAUCAGCACACCAACCAGCACAAAGAGACGUUCCAGGACACCUCUGGGGAAAGGGGACGUGGAGGAAGAGUUCUCAUCACUCAGGAAGCCAACACCAGGGGAAACCACACAGUUGCACAGAGUGCCAGAAGGUGAUGAUAAAGGUAUCACAGCAUUUAAGGAAACUCCAGAACAGAAACUGGACUCAGCUGAAAAUGUGAUUGGGAGCAGGAGGAGGUCAAGAACACCCAAGAGGAAGGUCCAACCCAUAGAAGACCUGACUGGCUUCAAAGAGCUCUUCCAAACACCAAUUCACAUCACAGAAACAGUGACUGAUGAUAAAAUAACUAAAACACCUUGCAAAUCUCCAAAAUCAAAACCAGUCAUCACACCAACCAGCUCAAAGAGGUGUCUCAGGACACCUCUGGGGAAAGUGGAUUUGCAGGAAGCGCUCUCAGCACUCAGGAAGCCAACACCGAGACCAGGGGAAGCCACACAUUCGCACAAAGAGCCAGAAGGUGAUGGUAAAAGCACUGAGUUAUUUAAGGAAACUCCAAAGCAGGAACUGGACUCCACAGAAAAUGUAACUGGAAGCAGGAGGCGGUCAAAAACACCCAAGAGGAAGGUUCAACCCAUGGAAGACUUGGUUGGCUUCAAAGAGCUCUUCCAAACACCAGUUCACAUCGCAGAAAUAGUGACUGAUGACAAAAUCACUAAAACACCCUGCAAAUCUCCAAAAUCAGAGCCAGUCAGCACACCAACCACCACAAAGAGACGUUUCAGGACACCUCUGGGGAAAGUGGACAUGGAGGAAGAGCUCUCAUCACUCAGGAAGCCAACACCAAGACCAAGGGAAACCACACACUCGCACAGAGAGCCAGAAGGUGAUGAUAAAGGUAUCACAGCAUUUAAGGAAACUCCAAAACAGAAACCUGACUCAGCAGAAAAUGUAACUGGAAGCAGGAGGAGGUCAAGAACACCCAGGAGGAAGGUCCAACCCAUAGAAGACCUGGCUGGCUUCAAAGAGCUCUUCCAAACACCAAUUCACAUCACAGAAACAGUGACUGAUGACAAAACCAAAACACCCUGUAAAUCUCCACAACCAGAACCAGUCAUCACUUCCAUCAGCAUGACAAGACGACUCAGGACACCUCUGGGGAAAAUGGAUGUGGAGGAAGAGCUCUCAGCUCUCAGGAAGCCAACACCAGGGGAAACCACACACUCGCACAGAGAGCCAGAAGGUGAUGAUAAAGGUAUCACAGCAUUUAAGGAAACUCCAGAACAGAAACCUGACUCAGCAGAAAAUGUAACUGGAAGCAGGAGGAGGUCAAGAACACCCCGGAGGAAGGUCCAACCCAUAGAAGACCUGAUUGGCUUUAAAGAGCUCUUCCAAACACCAAUUCACAUCACAGAAACAGUGACUGAUGAUAAAAUAACUAAAACACCCCGCAAAUCUCCAAAACCAGAACCAGUCAUCACACCAACCAGCUCAAAGAGGUGUCUCAGGACACCUCUGGGGAAAGUGGAUUUGCAGGAAGCGCUCUCAGCACUCAGGAAGCCAACACCGAGACCUGAAGAAGCCACACAUUCGCACAAAGAGCCAGAAGGUGAUGGUAAAAGCACUGAGUUAUUUAAGGAAACUCCAAAGCAGGAACUGGACUCCGCAGAAAAUGUAACUGGAAGCAGGAGGCGGUCAAAAACACCCAAGAGGAAGGUUCAACCCAUGGAAGACUUGGUUGGCUUCAAAGAGCUCUUCCAAACACCAAUUCACAUCGCAGAAAUAGUGACUGAUGACAAAAUCGCUAAAACACCCUGCAAAUCUCCAAAAUCAGAGCCAGUCAGCACACCAAUCAGCACAAAGAGAUGUUUCAGGACACCUCUGGGGAAAGUGGACGUGGAGGAAGAGCUGUCAUCACUCAGGAAGCCAACACCGAGACCAGGGGAAACCACACACUCACACAGAGAGCCAGAAGGUGAUGAUAAAGGUAUCACAGCAUUUAAGGAAACUCCAAAACAGAAACCUGACUCAGCAGAAAAUGUAACUGGAAGCAGGAGGAGGUCAAGAACACCCAGGAGGAAGGUCCAACCCAUAGAAGACCUGGCUGGCUUCAAAGAGCUCUUCCAAACACCAAUUCACAUCACAGAAACAGUGACUGAUGACAAAACCAAAACACCCUGUAAAUCUCCACAACCAGAACCAGUCAUCACUUCCAUCAGCAUGACAAGACGACUCAGGACACCUCUGGGGAAAAUGGAUGUGGAGGAAGAGCUCUCAGCUCUCAGGAAGCCAACACCAGGGGAAACCACACACUCGCACAGAGAGCCAGAAGGUGAUGAUAAAGGUAUCACAGCAUUUAAGGAAACUCCAGAACAGAAACCUGACUCAGCAGAAAAUGUAACUGGAAGCAGGAGGAGGUCAAGAACACCCAAGAGGAGGGUCCAACCCAUUGAAGACUUUGUUGGCUUCAAGGAGCUCUUCCAAACACCAGAUCACAUCAUGGAAUCAUUGACUGAUGACAAAACCACCAAAAUACCUUGCAAAUCUCAAAACCCAGAACCAGUCAUCAUGCUAACAGGUAGAAACAGACGUGUCAAAGCACCUCAAGGCAAAGUGGUUGUAGAAGAUGAGGUCUCGGGACUCAGAAGGCCCACACGCACACUGGGGAAAACCACAAGGUCCCACAGAGCACCAGAGGUUGCUGAUAAAGAUACCAAAGUGUUUAUGGAAAUUCCAGAAGAGAAAUCGAACCCUGCAGAAAAUGUAACUGAAAGCAAGAGGAGGCCGAGAACACGUAAGGAAAAGGCCCAGCCCCUAGAAGACCUGGCUGGCCUCAAAGACGAACCAGAGACUGUUGUCAAAACCACUGAAUUGUCCUCCAAAUCUCCACAGCCAGAAGCAGUCAUGCCAGUGCGCAGGAAGAGGCAGGUCAAGGCCCCUCCCGGGAAGGUGGACAUGGAGGAAGAGCUCUCAGCUCCCAGGAAGCCCACACGGACGUCAGCAAAAACCACGAGGUCCCACAGAGCACCAGAGGUUCCUGAUAAAGAUAUCAAAUUGUUGAAGGAAAUUCCAGAAGAGAAAGCAGACCCUGCAGAAAAUGUAACUGGAAGCAAGAGGAGGCUGAGAACACGUAAGGAAAAGGCCCAACCCCUAGAAGACCUGGCCAGCCUGAAAGAGCCCUUCCAAAUACCAAGUCACACAGAAGAACCAGAGACUGUUGUCAAAACCACUGAAAUGCCCUCCAGAUCUCCACAGCCGAAAGCAGUCAUGCCAGCACGCAGGAAGAGGCAGGUCAAGGCCCCUCCCGGGAAGGUGGACAUGGAGGAGGAGCUCUCAGCUCCCAGGAAGCCCACACGGAAGUCAGCGAAAACCACGAGGUCCCACAGAGCACCAGAGGUUCCUGAUAAAGAUAUCAAAUUGUUGAGGGAAAUUCCAGAAGAGAAAGCAGACCCUGCAGAAAAUGUAACUGGAAGCAAGAGGAGGCCAAGGGCACGUAAGGAAAAGCCCCAGCCCCUAGAAGACCUGGCUGGCCUCAAAGACAAACCAGAGACUGUUGUCAAGACCACUGAAAUGCCCUCCAAAUCUCCACAGCCAGAAGCAGUCAUGCCAGCGCGCAGGAAGAGGCAGGUCAAGGCGCCUCCCGGGAAGGUGGACGUAGAGGAAGAGCUCUCAGCUCCCAGGACGUCAGGGAAAACCACGCAGUCCCACGGAGAACCAGUAGACAUCAAGGUAUUCAAGGAAUCUCCAAGGCAGAAACUGGGUGCUGCAGAAAACACCGAGGGCAGCAAACGCCAGCUAAGAUCACGGAAGGGAAAGGCCCAGCUCCCAGAAGGCCCAGCCUGCUGCCAACAACCCUUGCAAAGCUCAAUUCAGGGUGAAGAACUGGGCAUAGGAGCUGAGAGCGUUAGAACUCCAACGCAAGCACCCGGCCAAAGCAAACCUGCAAAGCCCAGAAGAGUCCUCGGGGCCCUGGACGUAAAGCCCGUGGAAGACCAGGUGGGCAGCAGAGACCCUGUAAAAUCCCAAAGGGGGAGCAGCGUUUCCCUGCCCCCCAAGAGGAAGCGUGAAGAUGGAAGUCCCACCAGAUUGAGGAGGCUGCGCACUAGCACACGAGCACAGGACCCUGUAGAGGAGAAGCCGCCACCGAAGAGACAGCGGGCAGCUCCCCAAGAGAGGUGUGAGCUGCCUGAACCCCUGGGCGUGAAGAAGAGGCGGGGAGCUUUGGCAGAAAGCACGGAAGACAUGCCCAGCGAGGACAUGAAAACUAAGAAUAGGGGCCGAAGAGCACCGGGGGCGACCUCCCCAGGCAAGGAAAUGUCGCUGCGUUCCAGACUCCCAAAUAAAGCCAGCAUUGCUGAGCAGACACCUGAGAGUCUCCUAACGGCGGACAAGGUGAAAACAAAGAGGAGUGGGAAGAAGCCCGUGACGGCCUCCCCGGAGGCCGAGGGUCAAACCCCAGAGGAUGGAGCCAGGAGCUCUGCUUCGGGGGACACGGGCCGUGAGAGGAGAACGCGCCUGAGACCCGGGAGACGGGGGAAGGCGCCCUCGCCCAGCGCGGCCGGGGAGACAAGCGUGGAAACCCACGGGAAGACUCAGGAAGAGAGAGGACCCCAACGUGCGGGCUCCACACACGUGAGGGCACGGAAGGUGACAGUCCCUCCCACCGGGGACACUUCGGAGAGUCAGCCCAAACCGAGAGUGACGCGGAGCGCCAAGCGGCCUGCGGAAAAGUCACAGCAGGAGAACGACGACGCGGGCGGCAAGAAAAUAAGGACCCGAAGCCGCUGGGGCCGUGACGAUGUUUAGCUCAGACGUUGGGGGGGGGGGGGGGGGGGGAGGGGAUAGGAAUGUAGUUUAGUGGUAAGUUCUAGAACAACGUUUGCUGUGAAUUUAAACGUGGAUUCUGUAAAUAAUGCUAUCCAGGUGCUUAAGGGAGGAAAGCUUUUAAAAAAUUUCUGAUGCUCAAUAGUCUAUUCAAAAACCCCGCGUGGAGUUAUGAAGGGGGACUCCUGGGUCCCCAGAAAUAACAACUUAAGGCGGGUGGGGGGUGGGAGGGGAGUUUGAGCCAAGCUGUACCCUUCAACUUUGCCAAUGCAGCCCUGAAGUCGACCUCUCCCGGUCAGCCCCGCCCCGGGCUCGAGCACUUGCAUUGUAAAUGCUUCUGUGUUUGUCUGUGUCCCCGUCAGGACCCCAAAGGCAGGGCCCUCGGGAAGCGAUAGGAAGGGGUGAGGGAAGACUCCUGGUGCUUCUAGAUGUGUCUUCACGGUGCAGAGGCCUGUGUCGGUGCCCUGGGGUUGGGUGUCUGCACAGGGCAGGCUCCUCUGGGACUCCAGUCACUCAGGGAAUCAACGUGACCCGGGGGAUGGCCUGUGACCCCAUCUUCAGGGCACAGGAGUCUGACAGACAUCUCGGGGCCUAUUGGUGGCGUGCCUUUUUCACGUGGUAUUUGCCUAAACUAGGACUGCGCUCAUCUGAGAAGGACCCAUCCACCCUCCCAUUGGCCAGGGGCUCGGUUCUCAGGCUGACACCGUCUUAGCUCCCUGUGUCAGGCUCCCAGAUAGAACGACGGAGCCGAGCAGACCUGAGGUGCUCACAUCAGCAGAACAGGUUAACGUUUUCUGAGCUGCUGCUGGCCCUGGGCCCACCUGUGCUUUUUCUGGCUGCACCUGUCGGCCUAGGGUGCUCUGCACCCACCGGGGACAGGCAGCAACACGAGCCGUCUUAACGCAAGGCCAUUUCUGACGGCAGCAGGCACCAGGGUCCUUCCCCGAGGGUCCGCGCUCUCACUGCGAGGCCGUACCCCCCAAUGGAAGGCAUACCUCCCAGUGGAGGCUGUACUUCCCAGUUGCAGGUCAAGUCCAGACUUCCUUCCGUUUCAGGCCUAGACAUGCAUCUAACUGCUGGCAUCUCUGUUUUUAUGUUCCACUGUGUCCUGUCACCUGUGUGUCCCCUGGUCAGAAAAUAGCACAUCUCCCGUCCAGUCGCCUCCCCAUUCACCCGCCUUGCCGGGCUGAGGAGAGGAUGGAAGACGAGGUGGCUGUCCCCGAGUGUGAGUGUAAGGGCCGUGCCUGUCUGUGCCCUCCUGUCCUCUGUUUCUGGCGUGGAGCCAUGUUCACAUAAAAAUAAACCUUUGUUAAUCAA